AUGGGUAAAUUUCCUACCUCCUCCGCCACCGCCGGGUUUAAGCUGGUGGGCUACAACAACUUCGUGCGUACCAAUCCCAGGUCAGAUUUCUUCUCAGUGAAGCGCUUUCACCAUGUAGAAUUCUGGUGUGGCGAUGCCACCAACACCUCCAAGCGCUUCUCGUGGGGUCUCGGUAUGCCACUUGUCGCCAAAUCUGACCUCUCCACUGGAAACUCCGUCCACGCCUCCUAUCUCCUCCGCGCCGGAAACCUCCAAUUCCUUUUCACUGCCCCUUACUCUGCCUCCAUCUCCGCUCCUUCCUCCGCCGCAAUUCCCAGCUUCUCUGCCUCCAACCACCACUCUUUCACCUCAACACACGGGCUUGCCGUCCGGGCCAUAGGCAUUGAGGUUCAAGAUGCCUUCUCCGCCUUUUCCAUGGCGGUUUCUCGUGGCGCCAAGCCGAUUUCGCCGCCAGUUGUGCUUGGGAACAAUGAAAUCGCCCUGGCCGAGGUUCAUUUGUACGGUGACGUGGUUCUACGUCUAGAAUUGGAUUAUGGGAUCAGGAGGCUCGAUCAUGCUGUAGGGAAUGUGCCUGAGCUCGGGCCUUGCGUUGAGUACAUAAAAACGUUCAGUGGAUUCCAUGAAUUUGCAGAAUUUACGGCUGAGGAUGUGGGGACUGCAGAUAGCGGACUGAACUCGAUGGUUCUAGCUAAUAACGAUGAGACUGUGUUAUUGCCUUUGAAUGAACCUAUACAUGGAACUAAAAGGAAGAGCCAGAUACAGACUUAUUUGGAGCACAAUGAAGGGGCAGGGGUGCAGCAUUUGGCAUUGGUAUCUGAGGAUAUAUUUAGGACAUUGAAGGAGAUGAGGAAGAGGAGUGGGGUCGGGGGGUUCGAGUUUAUGCCUUCGCCACCACCAACUUAUUAUAAGAAUUUGAAGAGCCGGGUUGGGGAUGUCCUGACUGAUGAGCAGAUUAAGGAAUGCGAGGAAUUGGGGAUUUUGGUUGACAGGGAUGAUCAAGGGACUUUGCUCCAGAUUUUCACCAAGCCUGUGGGUGACAGGCCAACAAUAUUUAUAGAGAUAAUUCAGAGAAUCGGAUGCAUGCUCAAAGACGAGGACGGGAAUAUUUAUCAGAAGGCCGGAUGUGGAGGAUUCGGAAAGGGGAACUUCUCAGAACUCUUCAAAUCUAUUGAAGAAUUUGAGAAAAUGCUUGAAGCAAAACAAGUCACGGAAGCAGCUGCAGCAUAA